UUAUCCAGAGGAUGUUCGAGGAAAUCAUUGGAUUUGGAAGCAGUGUGAGGAGGAAGAAGGAGCCAACUCAACUCGUUCACAACCUUGUUUUUUUUGUUUGACGCAACCUUCGUGGUUCUGUCUUUUUUUCGUUGUCAUCCACCGACCCUAUGCCCCAAUUUGAAAAUUUUGGGCUUUUCCCGCGCUGCCACGCCCUCAAAACCCUUCUUUUCUCCACCCACCGAAUGGGCAUGGUGGGCAUGGCCGAUACCCUCCGUACCCAUCUCCACCAAAGCAAUGGCAGUGUUGAGAACUCAUUGUCCAAAGUUAACCCUAAACUCGAUUCUCAAUGUGUCAUUGAAGUCCUCAACUCAUGUCAUCCCAAGCAACCUCUACUGGGCGUCAGAUUUUUCGUUUGGGCUGGAUUUCAAUCUGGCUACAGGCACAGUGCUUACACGUACAACAAAGCUUGCAAAUUGCUAGGGAUUCAGCAAAAUCCCCAAAUUAUUCGUGAUGUCGUUCUGUCUUAUGAGGCCGAAGGGUGUUUAGUCAAUGUCAACACGUUCAGGGAGGUUCUGAAGCUGUGCAAAGAAGCUCAACUAGCUGAAGUGGCAUUGUGGGUGUUGAGGAAGAUGGAGCAGAGUUUCAACAUCCGUGCUGACACGGUGAUGUAUAAUGUGGUUAUUAGGCUGUGUUGCAAGAAUGGCAACAUUGAAACGGCUGAGAAGUUGACCGGGGAGAUGAGUUUGAACGGUCUUUACCCUGAUCUUAUUACGUACAUGGCAAUAGUGGAGGGAUUCUGUGAUGCGGGUCGUCCAGAGCAUGCUUAUUCUUUGCUUAAGGUUAUGAGAGUACAUAGAUGUUCACCCAAUUUGGUCCUUUUAUCAGCCAUUUUAGACGGCUUGUGUAGGUCUGGAUCUAUGGAAAUGGCAUUGGAGUUGUUGGAUGAAAUGGAGAAAGGUGGGGAUUGCAGUCCAAAUGUUGUUACUUAUACAUCUGUGAUUCAAAGUUUCUGUAAGAGAGGUCAGUGGGCGGAAGCAUUGGAUAUUCUGGAUAGAAUGAAAGCUUCGGGGUGCCAUGCAAACCAUGUUACUGUCUUUACUUUGGUUGAUAGCCUUUGUGUUGAGGGUCGUGUGGAAGAAGCUUACAAGUUGAUUGAUAAGUUUGUGGUCGAACAUGGUGUUUCUUAUGGUGAUUGUUGCAGUUCACUUGUGAUUUCAUUGAUAAGGAUUAGAAAGCUGGACGAAGCAAUGAAGCUCUUCAUGGAAAUGCUUUCUGGUGAUGCCAGACCUGAUACUUUGGCAUCUAGCCUUUUGCUAAAGGAGCUCUGUAUGAAGGACCAGGUAUUGGAUGGAUUCUACUUGCUUGAAGCAAUUGAGAACAAGGGAUGUUUGUCUGCCAUUGACUCUGGUAUUUAUUCUAUUCUUUUAGUUGGCCUUUGUCAAAGAAGCCACCUGACGGAGGCCACAAAGCUGGCCAAGAUAAUGCUUAAGAAAUCAGUUUCGCUUAAACCUCCGUACAAAGAUGGUGCAAUCGAUAUCCUAAUAGAAUCUGGAGAGAAAGAUCUUGUGAACCAGUUGACUGGCAUUCGUAAGGGACUUUGAUGAUAAAAUGCCUUAUGAAGGAGGUCACGUCCAUUGUUCUCUGCUGCCUCUGGUCAUAAGUUUGCAUUGUAUAAGAGCAACAGUAAGAAUUGAUUUCCGUGAUGUGGUCUGCUGGUACUUUCUUCCUUUCUUCCCCUUGUAGGAGACAGUGUAUUCUUGAGAAACAGUAUGCUUGUCUUUAUCUGUGUUUGCUAAACCCAUUCUCGUUGUAGAUUCCUUUUAAUAUCGAUGAGUUGGCAAACCCAUUUUCCUCAUACAAAUUAGUGAAACUUCUUUUCUUUGAUGUACAAAAUAAAAUUCAAGAAUAAAGUUGUUGAAAUAUUUUUGCCCUUUUUUGUUCUGUAUUUGAUUCUGAUUGAUGCCAUUUCAUGAUUAAUUUUAUUAUGCUUUGACAUUUGAAUGCAAGAACUCAACAAAUGGUGUAUAAAAGCUAUUAGCAAGGGUUGCUAAUUCAACCAGAAUUUGCUUGAUCUGUUGGGGAUGCAAAGUAUUUUUUGUCAAAAUUUUGUUCAGUAAGAGCAUUGUCAACAGAAGUACAAAUAUGUUGAGUUGAGAGUCGUACAAAAGUAUAUUUUAGACUGCAACCAAUGUGCAACAUAACUGCUUGAUAUUAGCAAAGGUUGCCAAUCCAAUUUCCCCACUCAAUUGAUAUUAAGUUAUAUUCAAACUAGAAAAGAAAACUGAUAAUUUUUUGUAUGACAAUUGACUAUUUAUUCUUCUGCUUCUCUUAAAACAAAUCCUUUAUGUGUCUGUUGAUAUAUUGAUAGAUUGUGAUGGAUGAACACCAUCGACCAAAUGGAAUACCGGUGACACGAUUUACCUUGCAAUCCAUUUAUGCACAAAGUGAUGAUGAGAAGCUUGAAUUUGAAUAUGAAUCAGGGAAUACUAACAUUUUGGCAAAUGAUUAUACAUCCCUGACCGAGGUUUCUGGUCAGGUUUUGUUUGAGCCUUGGGAGCGACUUCUUACUUAUACCUUUUAACAGUGAAACUGUUGGGUCCUGGUACUUCAUAACUAGAAUCUAGGAAAGAUAGUGGAGAUGGUUUGACAAGGGAUGCAUCUGUCAGUAUGUUCAGCAGGUGGCAAGGCACAACCACAAACUAUGGAGCUGAAAGGAAAACAGCAGUAUCAAGAAAUUGUGAUCUUGAUAGAUAGUGGAGCUAGUCACAAUUUCAUAUCUGGCAAGGUGUAAAAAGCUUGGGAAUUUCAGAAACUCUUCUAAACCAGUUUGCAUAGUGAGUCAUCUGGUUUUGUGCCUUCUGUAAAUGGUAUUUGAGUUGCUUUAACUCAUAAGAUCUUAUGCAACAACUUCCACUAAUGUUUCUCCCAGGAAUUUUAUCUUUGAUUGUGUACAAAUAUAAAAUUAAUAUUAUCUUUUUGAUUAA